AGUAGGGGAGGGAACAUAGAACAAGGAAGCGAACUAGGAAUGCAAUAACUGAGAAAGCUGACAUCCGAGGGCCAGGCAAAUACUUGGAAUUCCGCUUCCGUUUUAGGAGUAAACUUUGAUUAGACAUUCUUGUCUGCAAAUCCAAACUUCUGCGACACAACUGACGCUGAGAAUCAGUGAGGGAAUACACCAUCCAUGGCUUCUUCGCCGCAGAAAUCUCCGUCUUCUCCCAAAUCGCCGACUCCUAAAUCUCCACCCUCAAGAAAGAAAGAUGACUCGUUUCUCGGGAAACUUGGAGGAACUUUGGCAAGAAGGAAAAAGGCAAAAGAAGUGUCUGAACUCCAGGAAGAAGGGAUGAAUGCCAUCAACUUGCCGCUCAGCCCCAUCCCCUUUGAGCUGGACCCAGAGGAUACCAUGCUCGAGGAAAACGAGGUCCGCACCAUGGUUGAUCCCAACUCCAGGAACGACCCCAAACUGCAGGAGCUCAUGAAGGUGCUCAUAGACUGGAUCAACGACGUGCUGGUCGGGGAAAGGAUCAUCGUUAAGGACCUGGCUGAGGAUCUUUAUGAUGGCCAGGUUCUUCAGAAGCUCUUUGAGAAGCUGGAGGGGGAGAAGCUUAACGUGGCCGAGGUGACGCAGUCGGAGAUCGCCCAGAAACAGAAGCUCCAGACGGUGCUGGAGAAGAUCAACGACACACUGCGGGUCUCUCCCCGGAACGUCAAGUGGAACGUUGACUCGGUCCACGCGAAGAGUGUGGUGGCCAUCCUUCACCUGCUGGUGGCGCUGUCCCAGCACUUCCGAGCACCCAUCAGACUCCCAGACCAUGUGUCCAUUCAAGUGGUGGUGGUUCAGAAACGAGAGGGGAUUCUGCAGUCCAGGCAAAUCCAGGAGGAGAUCACUGGCAAUACUGAGGCCUUAUCAGGAAGACAUGAGCGGGACGCAUUUGACACCUUGUUUGACCACGCGCCGGACAAGCUCAAUGUUGUCAAAAAGACCCUGAUCACCUUUGUGAACAAGCACUUGAACAAGCUGAAUCUGGAGGUCUCUGAACUGGACACACAGUUUGCCGAUGGGGUGUACCUUGUGUUGCUGAUGGGACUCCUGGAGGGGUACUUCGUUCCCCUCUACAACUUCUUCCUCACCCCUGAAAACUUUGAACAAAAGGUGCACAAUGUGUCAUUCUCCUUUGAGCUGAUGCAGGACGGAGGCUUGGAGAAGCCCAAACCCAGACCUGAGGAUAUCGUGAAUUGCGACCUGAAGUCGACAUUGAGGGUGCUCUACAACCUCUUUACCAAAUACAGGAAUGUGGACUAAAUGGAUGUGACCACUGUCAUUGUUCCUAGGGCAACCGGUCCUCUCACUGAUCCUCUAGGUGUCUCACCCUCACCUGGGUUCAAAAAUAAAACAUGCUUUACCUGCAGAUCACAGCAAUUCCAACUGAAUCACAGAGAAAUACAUUGUUGUAAACACUAACCCUAUAUAAAAGCCACCUUGUGAAUAAGGAGGAUGGCUUUUAAAUACAACUAUAUCUAUAUAUUCAUAUAAAUGUUGUAUAGUUUCCUUAUACUUUUAAACUUUUAAAGGAGAGCUAAGUCUUAUUGAUAUAACAUGCCAAAAACUUAAUUGUGUUCUUUUCAUGUUAUUAAUCCAAGGUCAUCUUAAAACAAGAUGUUGAUGUUGUCUUCAUUUUGCUACUAAAGAUAUGAAGUUAGAUUCUCAGUGUUAAUUGAUUGUCAUGUGUUACACAACAGUGAUUGACUAAAGCAUCCAAAUUAGGAUGCUAUUCGGGGGGAAAAUUACAUUGAAACUAAAACUGAGGUGCAGCUUCAUCUGAUCU